AUGACACAUCAACAGCUCCUUCAGCAGGAACAACAGCGUCGUGAAGAAGCCGAGCGACAAGCUAACGAGCUCUCAUCCGCCUUAGCCGAACUUAGACAACAAUUUCAAGCGAUGCAGGCAGAACGCAACAACGAGGCUCAAAGCAAUCGAGAAUUUUUGGCUCGAGUGCAGCAUGAACGCGAAUCAUGGAUAAACGAGCGGCGUCUGCUGUUGAAUAAACUCGCGGCAGAGCAGGCUACAGCGGCAGCAGCGACGGUAGCAGCAGCGUCGGCUGUGACAGAGCAGGCGGCGGCAGCAACAGCAGCAGCAACGGCCGGAAUAGAGCAAGGGACGGGCGCAGCCUCAACUCCAACACAGGAUCAAUCGAAUUCUAUGGUCACAGCUGAAGCUACUCAUAGAAAUUCUAUUGGCGUCCUCACGGCGAACAACAAUCAGGAAAAUCGCCAUGAUUCCAACGGUUCUGGAUUUUCACCCGUCGCAGACAACCAGGCGAUGUAUUCGCAGCUUAAUCGAACACCAACAGGCAGCAUAUCUGACGCAGGAACAAUAUUAUCCGAUUUGCAGCAAGUCCUUAGGCGCGUACCACUGUCAGUCUCUAUGGAACAACUGCAGAAAUACAGUGCUGAUUCUCCAACCCAGUCAGUUCGGGCGUGGAUCGUUAGAGUCGACGAAGAUGCUACAAUUCAUGCUUCGUCUCCCGUAGAGAAGUUCAUAGCGGCAAAAAGAGCACUAAUAGGUACCGCUCGGAAAUGGCUCGAUGGUCAAAAAGGCAUAAUAUCAUGGGAAGAGUUGAAAACACGUAUGAUAGAAUCCUUUGGAAAACGUGCCAAAUCUUCAGACAUACAUGAAGCUCUAAGCAAGCGGAAGAGAAGAAGAGAUGAGACUAUUUUGGCUUACGUUCAAGAGAUGGAACUACUAGCAUCUCAGGCUAACUUGGACGAAGACGAGAUAAGGCAAUACAUCGUCAAUGGUGUAACGAAUGACCAAUCUAUUAAAUUGACACUUAUUCGUGCUUCAUCUCGCCUGCGAUUCAUGGAACUACUUGAGUCUCAUGAAAAAAUGAAAGCUCGGGAGUCGGAGGAGCAUAAUCAACGUCGGCACCACCAUAGACAAGGUACAAAGCGUUGUUAUAACUGCAACAAGUACGGGCACCUCCGAAAAGACUGUACCGAGGCAACUUUAGAAGCAACCCGACCAGGUCUAGGACAAUCAGGAGUCCAGGAACGACCUUAUAAUUUCAAGGAAGGCCUAAAGGCCAAUUCUCGAAACUUCGUCCAGUACAAAGGAAAAACACAAAACAAUUCUGCACCUAAAAUCAACCACGUGCAAUACAAAAGUGGUAAUCGCAGUCGGAUUACAGCAUACAUUGGAGGAAUUAUCGAGAAUUGCCAAGUCGACAGUGGCGCAGAUCGCAAUGUAAUGAGAGAGGAUUUUUACAAACGCAUCGAAGAUCGUUUCCCAUUGAACGGCGAACAAGGAACACUCAGCGGAGCUGGUGGCCUUAUUCGGACACUGGGAAGUGUAAGGAUACCAACGGUGAUCAAUGGCACGGAGUACAUACUAAAAUAUACCGUAGUGCCAGAAGAAAAUUUACCAUCAAGAAUCCUCUUAGGUGAUCCUAUACUCGACGUUGCCAGGGUUUUUCUCAGUAAGGAAGGACCACAAAUAGAACCAAUCAUCGGCAACGACUUCGUACAACUUAUUGAGGAAGAGUUAAGCGAAGCUAAAGAUGGGGUCCGUCAAGCAAUUAUCAAGGUACCAGAGGCAAGGAGGGAGCAGAUUAGGCAGUUAUUAGAAAAUUAUUCUGCAAAUAUGCCUCCUCAAACCUCGGUUAAAAUGCCGAUUAGGCUAAAGAACACCCAGCCUAUUGCAUGUCGACCAAGGCGCCUAUCUCCAGCCGAUGAAGUCGAUGUCAAAAAACAACUUGAGGAAUGGACGAAAAAAUGCGUAGUAGUUCCUGGAAUUUCCGAAUAUGCGAGUGCUAUUGUCGUUGCUCGUCGAAAAGACGGACGCGCUAGGAUAUGCAUCGAUUAUAAGCCUCUUAACAAAGUCGUCGAACGUGAACAACAACCAAUGCGACUUAUAGAAGAUGCCGUAGACUCAGUUGCGAACUCCUUGGUGCACUCCACGCUGGACCUCCAAGAUGGCUUCUUUCAUGUAGAAGUAUCUGAGGAGAGUCAGAAGUACUUGUCCUUCGUCACUCCAUGGGGACAAUACAUCCCGAAAAGAGCUCCUUUCGGCUUCUGCAAUUCACCAGCUGCAUUCCAAAGAUUCAUAAUGAAUGUUUUUCAAGAACUCAUCAAUGAAGGCAUAAUGGAAAUCUACGUGGAUGACGCCUUUGUGAAAGCUGAAGACGAGGAUCAAGCAGUGGAAAGAUUGGCACGUGUGUUGGAGGUACCGCAAAAGAAUGGAAUUCAAUUCAAUUGGAAAAAAUCUCAGCUUCUACAGCGGAAAGUAGAGUUUCUCGGAUACAUAGUAGAGAAAGGAACGAUCACGCCAGGACCAGCUAAAAUGGAAGCCUUGCUAAACUAUCCUCAGCCAAGAACAACCAAACAGUUACAACGCCUGCUCGGGCUUACGGGAUAUUUUAGAAAAUUUGUUAAGGGGUAUGCAGCCAUCGCAAAGCCUCUUAGCAAUUUGUUACGCAAGGAUGCCACCUUCAAAUGGGGACCAGAACAGGAGAAAGCCUUCUCGCUAUUGAAGCACGUUCUGACGAGCGAACCCCUCCUCCAACUAUACAGGCCAAAUCGUGAAACAGAGCUGCAUACCGACGCUUCAAAGGAUGGCUAUGGUGCGAUUCUACUCCAGAAGUGUCCUGAGGACAAUGCUUUCCAUCCAGUCUACUACAUGAGUAGAAAAACUACCCCGACGGAACGCAAUUACCAUAGUUACGAGCUAGAAACCUUAGCAAUAGUGAGAGCAUUGGAAAAGUUCCGCAUAAACCUGCAAGGAAUUAAAUUCAAGAUAGUAACGGACUGUUCCGCUCUACAAAUGACACUGAACAACAAGGAGCUGAAAACGAAAUUCGCAAGGUAG